AUAGCAAUGGAACAUCGAUAAGUCUUGGUUCCUCGUUUCGUUAAGUAAAAUCAAUGCAUUAACAUACUCGCAGCUUUUUCCGCGAGAGAGCGCUAGUCCUGCAAACUUUGAGUACAAAUUCUCAAUCUCAGGAGCGCGGUCUCUGUGAUUCCUCAGAAAACAGUUUCUCUUCACACACAGUUUCUCACGUUAGCGCUGAAGUACCGUGAAGCUGCAGCAUUGAUCCGGCCACCAGUACAGAAAUGGAUAUUAAAUAUUGUUAUUAGUGGACCCCCGGGACUGUCGCCGGUCAGACAAGAAGCUGAAGAUGCCCCCAGAGUUGGAUUCGGACGAUAGCGAUGUGGAGAAGUCACCGUCCACGGAAAGUCAGAAGUACAAAGUGCACUCACAUCUCAACACGGACUACGGCAAAAAGUCAAACAGGGACAUCAUAGACAACAUGUUCUCCUACAUCAACCGGGACCUACUGAUCUGUAAGCUGUUUUAUUUCUUCUUCUUUGCGGCCUUCGGGUCUCUGUUUCCUCUGCUUGCCAUCUAUUUUAAACAGCUGGCAAUGAAUCCCACCAGAAGCGGCAUACUGAUCGGCUUCCGGCCCUUUGUGGAGUUUUGCAGCGCCCCCUUUUGGGGAAGUCUAGCCGAUAGGUACAAGAAGGGGAAACAACUACUUUUAUUUUCCUUAUUGUGUUGGAUAGUGUUCACUUUAGCAAUAGCGUUUGUGAAACCCCCUCACUACAAAUGUAUUGAGUUUGGGAAUUCCACCCUUCACGGUCCGCCACAAGGUUUUGACAGCCGAGGGGUGACCGACGUCAUCGGCAGAUGGAAGCGGGAUGUUAGUGACGAUUUUAUUUAUUCUCAUAGUGAAAUGGUGCACGCUGCAGUAUUACAUGUGCAAAGCCGAUUUAAACGAGCAGAAGAAACGCCUAAUAACUAUGUCUCUUCAACUGUUCUAACCUCUGCUCUAACCACAAAAUCAACCAUAGACAAUAAUACAAGCACCACCACAAGGUCCAAAACCACGUCUUCCAAACCAGCUCCCCCAUCCUCAGACGAGAGGGAAUCCGGGGGGUACACGUGCCCCCCUCACAGCACCCAGUGCUUCAAAAACUCCGACAUCCAGGAUACGUUCUUUAAGCUUCUCCUGCUAGUUGUUAUAGGGGAAUUCUUCAGCGCACCUGCCAUCACGUUCGUGGAUUCCGUCACCCUGGCCUAUCUCGGGGAGGACACGGAUAACUAUGGCCGUCAGAGGAUGUUCGGGUCGCUGGGAUGGGGUGUCUCUAUGUUUUUUGUUGGACUUGCUUUAGACCAUUCCAGCACAUUUCCAAAUCACCCGUGUAUGUAUACAUUUGUUACAGAGAAGAACUACACAAUAUGUUUUGCUGUGUUUUCAGUUUUGAUGAGUUGUGCUUUUAUCACAGCAACACAACUCAAGUUUGAUGACCGGCAUGGCGGAGGUCAGGAUAUUCAGUUGAUGGAAAUUGUUACAAGGGUCAAGGACAAGGUUGUUGGGGCAAUAAAGGGAGAGAAAACUGACCAAAAAGGGAUUUUUAAGAGUGAUGAAGAUGCUGAAAUCGGGUAUUUGGAGUCCAAGGCUAGCGAAUCUAACUUAGAGCGAAUGGAAUCACAAGACCCUUCCUACCAAAACCAAAACGGGGGUGGAACAGUGAACGAGAAUGGUAAAAACCUUCACAUCUCGCUACAAAAGGGAAACAAUGAUAUGGUGGACGAUGCUGUGAAGGCGUCUGGGUACACAAAGGUCAACGGCCCGGAUGAUGAGGACGAUGAGCCGUUCCUGGGGAAGUGGUUCGCUGUGCUGAAGAUGCUGGCCACAUUCCGGUACAUCUCGGUCCUGUUUAUUUCCUGGUUUAUGGGGUUCGGGAUCGGCCUGAUCUUCACCUUCCUGUUUUGGCAUCUACAAGACAUCGGCGGAAGUCCCACUCUGUUUGGUGUCGCCUCCGUCUUCAACCACGUGUCGGAGUUAAUAACUUACUUCUUCAGUCGAAACAUCAUCAAUAGAUUCGGUCAUGUUAAGAUUUUGUACGCCGGUUUAGUCGGUAAUCUGGCCAGAUUUAUUUACAUUUCUUUGCUUGAGAAUCCUUGGUGGGUGCUACCGUUUGAGUUCGUGCAAGGUCUGACCCACGCCGCGGUGUGGGCGGCGUGCUGCUCCUAUGUCACUCAGGCCAUUCCCGUGGGUCUUCGGUCCUCCGCCCAAGGCAUUCUUCAGGGUCUACACCACGGGUUAGGGAGAGGAUGUGGUGCCGUGUUUGGGGGACUCAUGGUCUAUGGCUACGGUAGUAGGAUCACGUUCCGGAUAUACGGAGUCACGUGUCUAGUGGUGCUCGUGUUUUACGUUUCUUUGAGGUAUCUUUUAGAAGACAGAAGUUCGUUCAGUUAUGGCGGGAAACAGAAGCACGAACGUAUGGAGGAGGAAUCACCUACCUGUCACUUAGCUCCACAUGGAGUUCCAUCCGGAAUGGCUCGGGAUUUAUCCAGUAGUAAACUGAAUGCCGGAUACAAUCAGCCAGUGUACGGAACAGCCAGUAAAGAGUCCUUCGAUCAUUCCACUGCUUUUCUUGAGAAACUAUCUCAGGGCCCAGAGCAGCAGCGGGAUUACCAUGGAAACAUGCCACAGAUGUCCACCCAGGCGUACCAGCAACAACCUCAAGGAAACCCCAAUCCCUUCCGGCCCUGACAGGAAAUGACGUCAAAAAUGUGCUCAUCUCGCCCUCUCAAGCUCCAUCGAAUUCUCAUGAGCUCAUCGUAACUGAUGCUGUCAAGCAAUUGUCUGUCUGUACAGAUUGCGUAGAUGAUGAACAGUUGCGUAGUAAAAUACGUCAGCUUGCAUUUAGAUCCCAAUCGAUAGGAUGAACACAAUCAUUAAUUGUUGAAUUGUAUUUAGAAUUGCGGACAACAUCCUAGUUUUCAAACUUGCCCACUUUGGAUACAUAGUUGUAUAUUAAUUUUAUCAACACUUAUUACAGAAAGUCGUUCAAUAAUUUACAUUUAGACGUGCAAGUGUAUUGUUUAGGAUGUCAAAAAUACAGUCAUAUGAUACAGAAUUUUGUUUCAGAUUGUUCCACGUAAGCAUGUUGGUUUAUAAAACAAACAUGUUUACCAGAAUAUUGUAAUGCAUUAGAUGCAGGAAACUUUCGGAGACUCGAAGUCUUCGUGUAGUGAUACGGUCUUGAUUUUGUCAUAUACAAAUAAUGUUGUCAUGAAAGUAAAUGAUGAAAAAAAAAACAUCUGUAUUGAGUGUUACAGUGUUAACA